UUGUAUUCCUCCGGUAUUUGUAGUUUUUCACAAAUGAUCCAGAUGUGUUUGCAGUAUGGGGGGGAAAAAGUUUUAGCGGUCUGAAUCCUACAGAAAAAGUGCUAAAACAAUGAAAGGACAGUGAAUGUUUUUUUUUAACAGAGUGAGCGGGGUUGCAUGCAGCCUCUGAAAGCUACUCGUAUUUCAUCCUGAAUGAGGAAGGUGCAGCAGAGCUGCCAGGGGGACCUGCAGCGAUUCUUGGCCCAGCGAGGGAACACAGAGCUGGGCAACAUCUGCUGAGGCCUCCUGCUUCCUCCUGUACUCCAUCAUGGCUACAGAGCAGCCUUUGAAGUCGUCAGGCCCCACCCCCUUGAGCUCGCAGGUGCACGCAGCAGCCGUGAAUGGAGACAGGAGCACCUUACAGAGACUGAUCACAGCAGAGCCGUGUUUGAGAGACAGUGAGGAUCAGUUUGGCAGAACUCCUCUGAUGUACUGCGUGCUUGCUGACCGUCUGGAUUGUGCCGAGACGUUAUUGAAGGCCGGAGCUUCCGUCAACAAAGCUGACCGCAGCAAGAGGACCGCACUACAUCUUGCUGCACAGAAGGGCAAUGUUCGCUUCAUGAAGUUGCUCCUGUCACGGCAUGCUAACUGGCUGUUGAAGGAUCUUGAGGAAAUGACACCGUUGCACUUAGCGACACGUCACUCCAGCCACAAACCUCUCUCUCUCCUGCUCAAGCACAUGGCACCUGGAGAAGUGGAUACUCAGGACAGGAAUAAGCAGACAGCGCUGCACUGGAGUGCGUUCUACAACCACCCCGAACACGUGAAGUUGCUGAUCAAACACGACUCAAACAUCGGAAUACCUGACAGCGAGGGCAAGAUUCCCCUGCACUGGGCAGCUCACAGCAAACACCCUAACGCUACACACACUGUUCGCUGCAUUCUGGACGCUGCUCCCACAGAGUCUCUUUUGAACUGGCAGGAUUACGAAGGCCGCACUCCGCUCCAUUUUGCCGUGGCCGAUGGCAAUGAAGCCGUGGUUGAAGUUUUGACUUCUUACGAAGGCUGCAGCGUUACGGCGUACGACAACCUGUUCCGAACACCGCUUCACUGGGCCGCAUUGCUCGGUCAUGCACGGAUCGUUCAUCUGCUGCUGGAGAGAAACAAGUCAGGCAUGAUACCAUCAGACAGCCAAGGAGCCACACCGCUGCACUAUGGAGCUCAGAGCAACUACGCUGACACAGUGGCAGUGUUUCUGAAGCACCCCUCGGUACGUGAUGAGCCUGAUCUGGAGGGCAGAACCGCCUUCAUGUGGGCCGCUGGGAAGGGCAGUGAUGAUGUCAUCAAGGUCAUGCUGGAGCUUAAGCGAGAUCUGGACAUCAACAUGGCUGACAAGUAUGGAGGAACUGCACUGCAUGCAGCCGCACUCUCAGGCCAUGUGUCCACUGUACGGUUGCUGCUGGGAAAAGGAGCCAUGGUGGACCCUCUGGAUGUGAUGAAACACACUCCUCUGUUCCGCGCCUGUGAGAUGGGCCACCGCGACGUCAUUCUCACCCUCAUCAAAGGUGGGGCGCGUGUGGACUUGGUAGACACAGACGGUCAUUCAGCACUGCACUGGGCAGCGCUGGGCGGAAAUGCAGAGGUGUGCGAGGUGCUGAUGGAGAACGGGCUCGGACCAAACCUACAGGAUCAUGCAGGCAGGACGCCGCUGCAGUGCGCUGCAUAUGCAGGAUAUAUAAACUGCAUGGCCCUGCUUAUCCAACAUGAUGCUGACCCCAACAUACAGGAUAAAGAGGGGAGGACGGCGCUCCACUGGUCAUGUAAUAACGGUUAUUUGGAUGCUGUGAAACUUCUUUUGGGAUGCGGAGCUUUUCCUAACCACAUGGAGCAUACAGAGGAGAGGUACACUCCUCUGGACUAUGCCUUGCUGGGAGAGCACCAGGAGGUGACGCAGUUCCUUUUGGAGCACGGUGCACUGUCCAUCGCUGCCAUCCAGGACAUCGCUGCCUCGUCCAUUCAGGCUUUGUACAAAGGCUAUAAAGUACGGCGAGCUUUCAAGGAGCGCAAGAACCUCUUAAUGAGACAUGAGCAGCUCCGUAAAGAUGCAGCCAAGAAGAGGGAAGAGGAGCGCAGGCGCGAAGCCGAACAGCAGCUCUCGUUGGCUGGAGCUCAGCAGCCUCAGAUCUCAUUGGUCCAGGUUGGAAGUGAGAGGCCACCGUUGGCUGCUACGGAUCUCAGCGGCGAGAUUAAAGACAUGAAGCUUAAAGGUCACAAACAUCGAAAAUCAUCAAAGGCACAUCGAAGCCAGUCGCAUGACAGGACUGAGAAAAAGACCAAAAAGCCAAAAGAGCCAGAGCACAGGGCUGAAACUCCAGACACCUCUGCUUUAAACCUGCCCAUGACCUCUCAGUGCGCAGACAGAUCAGACACCAGGACAGAUGUGUGUGUGAGCGGCGUGUAUACGUCUGAGGAGUGUGUAACCAGGCCAGAGCGUCAUUCUCCAGCAGGGUCCAGCAGGCCGGGCAGUGCCAGACACACACACCCUGCUCAUUCAAGACCCAGGACUUCAGGUCGCACUCCAGAGUCUAAGACAAGCCAUCCAGCUGUGGCGUCUCCUCCUGCAGCUGUCGCUCAAUCCAGCAGCUUCGCCUCGGUUCCGAUCCAAGCCGGACGGGAGAAGAGCAGAACGAGGGAGCCACGGGCCGAGGGAGAAAAAGAGAAGCCGGCCAGACCAAGGAGAGAGAAGGAGCGUAGGACUGAGAGAGAGGAGGAGAAGUGCUCGAGGACUGAAAGAGAGGCAGAACGCUUUUCGGAGAGAGAAAGAGAGAGAGGUUGGAGCAAAGAGGUCGAGAAGGGAAAACGAACGGAAAAAGAGAAGGAGCACAGAAGAAAGAGUCUCCGCAGAAGGAACCAAGCGGCGAGAGUAAUACAGACAGCGUGGAGGAGGUUCUGCGUUCGGAGACGCCUGAGAGAACUGCUGUGUGGUAGAGUUAAAAGGCCCGAGCCUGCUGAAGCCACCGCUCUUCUGAUUCAGUUUUUAUGGGAGCGACCAGUCUACAUGGACAACACUCACCAAAAAGCCGUUUCCAGAGCGCAAUCACCUCCUGCUAAAGCUGCAGCAAAGAAAAGCUCAGUGCUACAAAGUAUUUAUGGAGGAGCCCAAACCAAAAGGGGGCGCUCUGUGAGAGCGGUGUCUGCCCUCAACACACACAGCCAGAGUCAACUGCUGCACGACCUGACGCUUAAACCAACCAAACAAUUGAGCGGUGUGGAGUGUGUGCACUUGCUGGACUCUCUGAAUCAAGCAAAGCAGUACUCUUAUCACCUGCGUCCUCAGAGCGCCAGCAGCCAGAGCAGAACCAAGGACUGACACCACCUCAGCACACACUCUUAACCCGAUGACCGAACCCUAGACGCUAAGCUGCUUCAUUGAGCGAGAAACUGACACACACACAGUCGUCUGCUUAUUUAUAUAUUUUCAGUCUGGAAACUGAUGCGGUCCAGGAACCUAAAAGACACCAGGAUAUUAUGCCAUCCAUAUAGGUCAAAGUUUAAACCCUCAAACACAACAUAUGCAUGAGAUGACCUUUUAUACUGCCAUCAACCGCUUAUGCACCUGUCAUAUAGGUGGCAUACACCUGACAUAACAAGGCUGUCUGCAUAAGAGUGCUAACAUGAUGCAAGAUUUUUACCAAAACAAGUAUUCUUUGUCUUACAAGAUGCUUUGUUUUGUUUCUAUGUUCAAACUGUAAUGCUGCGUUCACACACACAGCGACUCGCGAUGACAAAGAGCUACCGGUUACGUGAGCAUCAGUAACCGUUGUUGGGCGUGUCCAACGAUUUGACUUAAACUUAGUGCAGCUACCAAUGAGAGCGAAGACAUUAGAGAGCGCGUGGUCCGUGACAAAAAUCACACACUGCUUGUAUGAUAUGAUGCAGAUCUACACUGCUGAAAUUUUAUACACAAAAACCAAAUCUCCCUCCAGAAUGUUUCAUUUUAGCAGCGAGAAGACUGAUUUGUCGUCAAGUGGAAUGCAGGAUGCACCACCCACUGAUAUAUUUCUAUUUCUUUAUAUCGUUAUUACUAUGGCAACCAGUAUUAGGAACGCCCCCUGGGACUUACAGCGAUAAAAUUGUUGUUUGUGUGAAUAUAGCUUUAGGAUGUGUCAUGUGACUGAUACUUCUAUAUACAGAAAGGGGACAAAUUAAAGGAAAAAGCAGUGGUUUUGUUAUGGUGUGGGAGACAUUUAGCAGCCGAGUCGUUUCAUUAUAGCCUUAUAGUCCAGAAAGGGUCAAUGAGGGUUUGGUUUAAAUCAGGUGGAAUACUUUGCUGAGAGGGACAUUACCUGCAAUACAAAGCUCUUCUGACUAAACAACUUUAUCCUAUGGUCAAAUGUUUUGAUUCUGAUAGGCGUGGUCUCAUCCUCAGUGACUCCGCCCCAUCCACAGGGCAUGAGAGCUCAGUGAAUGAGGAACAGAAAUUUACCAAGCUGCCUCUGUUGAGUCCUUCAACAAGGCCUUUAAUUGUCUAAAUGGUGAGGGUGGAGUUUGCAUGUUCUUCCCGUGCUUCAGGUAUUUCCUCCAGGUUUCCUCCUCCAGUCCAAAGACAUGCAUUGUUGGCUGACUGAUAUCUAUAAAUUGUCUGCAGUGUGUAAAUAGGUGUGUGUGUGUGUGAUUGUGCCCUGUGAUCGGCUGGCACCCUGUUUAGCAUGUCCCCUUCCCUGUGCUUAGACUCCCUGGGAUAGACUCCAGGCACUGCAGUACAGAAAAUGGAUGGAGGACCUUCACCUUGAAACACUUAUGGGAAAUUCUGCAGUGAUGUUUAACACCCAAAGUACGGGGAGAACAUGCAAAACCCAUACUAACCGAGCAUUUAAAGAUUAAGGGGCAGUGGCAGCUCAGUGGUUAAGUUGCUGGACUACUAUCCCAGAGCCACCAAGCUGACUCUCCUGGGCCCCCGACCCUCAAACUGCCCGAUCAUAUACAUAAGAUAAAUCCAAGUCACUCUGGUUAAGGGCAUCUGUCUUAUCAUCAUUAUUAAAACACUAAUCGACACUGUCCAGAUACAAUCUAUAGCAGAAACCUGCAGUGGCCCGACACCUUAUUAAUAUUAUUUGCUUUAAUUUGUCUCCUUUCCGUAUGCAUGUAUUAUAUAUUCUAAAUAAACUGUAGAUAGAGUAGAAUGUAUACUCCAGCUAUGCAUUCAUGUUUGUAUCAAUUGCCAUUAUUUAUUCUACAGCUUUUGUGUGAUCCUUUGUAAAAUCUUUUUAUAACUUUUGACAUUUCACCGUCGUCGGAAUGCUGAAAGAUGUCUCACCAUGCACGUUUUUGUACGUCGUGCUGCACAGCAGCUGCCAGUGUUUUAACUUUAGGCUUCCACCACAAAGACCUCCGGGGCUUUAGGGUUAAGCUGAGAAAUGCGUUAAUUACAGGAGUAAAUGAAAGGCCUGCAAUGUCAGACUGCAGCCACAGGCUGAAUUCCCCGCUAACAGAUGUGCCCGAUUCUCCGAGUUAUCAAUUUCCAAAUAGUUUUGAUGUUUCCAUUCGGUCGUAAACAAAAUUCAGUAGUCUUCUUGUAGCAAUUACCGGAUUUUUUUUACCGAAUCAUUGCAGAGUUUGAAGACUUCUGAUCAUCAUUAAUGAAGAACUCAUGGUACGUCGGUUGUCGAGUGGUUGCUAAGCAGGCAUCAUUAGCACUUUCCCCGUGUAUCUCUAUUGUAUCCAGUAUGUGUAAACAUGAUUUUAUUGUUGUGCUAAUAAACAGAAAGAAAUCAA